CACUGCAGUCAACAUUUUCAACUCAGACGGAACGCACGGUUUGGCGGACGCAGUUUGAAAUAAUUCAAAAUAUAAUAUUUCAAUUUUAGCACGAACAUCGUCGAAGAUCUUUGGCAGAACCCUUUAAGCAAUAUAAAUAAACGAAAACAACAAUUAAGCUAAUAUAUUAACCGACUAACAACAGUAGAAACAAAGUCUUCCAAAAAGCGGAACGAUUCCACUGAGAGGAACAAAGUGAAAAUUGCGAUUUCAGUGAGUGCAGUUUGUCAGUUCGUCAUUCUGCCCAUUUGUCAGUUCGCCAGUUCGCCAACUCGCCAGUGUGUGUGUGCCAGUGUGUUAGUGAGUGUGAACUCUGCGGUAAAGGUCAGAACUCAUAUGAAAAUGUCGAGCGGCAACCAAGAAGCAAUGUCAACAAAAGCAGCUGUCAACUCGGUGAACGUGGACGAGGACAAGGCCCCGUCAAUGCAUAUGCAUUCAACAUCCUCAUCAGCCCCAGGAUCGAUUGCGUCCAGCUACCAUGUGAAAACGCUGGCCAUUCUGGUGGCCAUCGUCUUGUGCAGCGGCAGCUUGGGAUUCGCCGACGGGCUCAAGUGCCACAUGUGCGGCCAGUACAACGAGGGCGUGGGCUCCAUUACGCCCUGCACCAACUACACCACGGACAUUGCCCAUCUCUACCUGAAGGAGUGCACCAAGAAGAGCGAGAAGUUCUGCGUGAAAUAUGUUAGUGAACUGUCGACCGUUCGCGAUUGUGCUACCGAGUGUGUGGAAAAAGAAAUUUGGGAGACACAAACGUAUUGCUGCACCGAGGACGGAUGCAACUCUGGCACCCAAUUGGCCUACUCCGUCAUCCUGUUGACCCUGCCAAUCCUUUCGGUGGCUUGGCCAACAUUCGUUGAUUUUUGGAAUACGCGACGUUAAGUGGGUCCUCAGGUGAUCCAGCCAAUCUUCGCUCGGUUCUUAACUUGAUUUCUGUAUUAUUUUGCAGCAAGUGAAAAAUGUAUAAAAUUUCAAGCGUUAGCAUUUAUAUUAUGUUCAAAAAUUUAUUAAAAGCACAAACAAAAUUCUGUGAACGGGACCUAAUCAAACUAAGAAGCGAUUACAAGAAAAAUUAUCAUUCGAAACUUUUUUUUUGGAAUUUAUUGACUUAUGCGAUUUAUGAAAUAUAUAUUUUGGCCAACAUGUUUGCUGUUAUUACUUUGAGGCUUUGUAUUUCUGUCUGUCUUCCCAAAAAAACACAAAAGUGUUGGUAAAUGAUAAAUAACGGGUGUAGAAACAUCCAAAAGCUUAACUAAUUCAUAUUCACAAGGAAUAAACAAUUGCAAUGCCAAAUUACUACUAAAACCGUGUUAAAAAAUUAAAAAAAAAAAGAAACGAAAACACAUUAUUAAAAUAAUGAUAAAUAAAAUUACAUUUAAGAUAAGGCCAGCUGUCGAAAGUACAUAAGGAAUCGCAAUCAUAUUGAGGAAUUAUAAACAUCAAUGAAUUUCGAUGAAUUCGUAUUGAACGCAUUUCAUGAACAUACUAAUUAUAGUACACCUAAGGUUAAAUAACGAAAAGUAGUAAUUAAAUACUUAGGAUCCCGAAUUCUGCGCGCGAAAGUUGUUUGUUUUUUUUUUAUUUGAUUUGCAUAUAGGACCACAAAUAUUACGCAAAUGUCAAAGUCACAGUGAGUUUAUUUUGGGGUCUGUGAUUUUGCACUUUGGUAUUGUAAUAUUUGCUGGAAAUCUUUUCACUCUAUGUUAUUUCAUAAGCUAAUAAAACCGAUCAAGAAAACGUUGGUUUUUUGUUUGAACCAAAAAUUAGAAGAAAACAAAACUAAUGUUUGUUAAAUGCAAUUGUGAAAGUAAAGUUAAGGUCGUACGAAUUAUGAUAGUAGAAGCGAACACUAAAGAAAAUCGAAGACGUUUUCACUCCACUGUUCAUGAGAUUCUAAAUUAAAUAUUAAAAGUAAAACAACGCAAUGAUUAUACCAAUUGAUCUUCACGAAUAAAAUACUUGUAGCAAAGUCUAGCUCAGAUAGAUACCAUUCGGCAUAACGUAGGUAAAGAACUAAUUAAUAGAUUUAUAUAGAUUUACCGAGCGUUUAGUGAACCCAAGUGAAUUAACAUGAAAGUUCUUAACGAUUUUCUUAUAUAGAGCACUUAUGCGAUUCCAUUUUUAAUUAUUUACAAAUAAUAAUAUUUUCAAAUGAUUAAUACUUAUACUUAUAACAUAUAUGAUGAACAACUCAUACGAUAUAUACCUACGAAAACCUAGAGUUUAGAUCUAAGGGCUUUCACUAUAUUAAAGCAAAAACCAAACAUGUGAAAUAUGCAAAAAGAGAUGCGAUUAUACAUAUACAAAUGUUAAAUGUUAGUUCCUCGAAACCAAAGCAGCUUGUGUACUAGUAUUUAAUGCUCACAUUUUGAAUAAUUUGCAUAUGAUUAAAAACGCCCACUUAACAAAAUGAGUAAAUCGGAUUUUCAUUUAAUUAUAUUAUUAUAACCACUUGAAUUUUCUCUGACAUUUUGCAAUAAUAAAUUGUCGAGCGAUCUAUCUGCUUUGGCCACAUACUCGUUUAUAAUGCAAUCAUUUUAUUUUACACUCUCAUCGAUUUACACAAAACGAGAAAAUUCCAAUUGCAAUUACAAUUACAACACUAAUAAUAAUUGUAUGUAUAUGUAUGGUAUAUGUAUUUCCAAU